CCACAACUUCGUUUACAUGGCCAACACCUCUGACUGAUCCACCAAUGUCAACUCCAGCAUUCAUCCCACUGCUGGACCCAACAGCAGGUCCAUUGAUACCGUCUCUGUCUCUCCUUGGACCGCUGUUGAUCCCUUCAAAGCUGCUCGCAGCCAUCCUGCCGACGCUCCCACCUACCGCAUCGUAUUUUGUCGAAGCGAGUGAAACCACCACCGAUGACUUGAUCAAGAUCUUGGACUCUGGAGCGGGAAAGAUCAUUAUCUCCCCCUCUCAGCUUGAAAGUAUAGCCGGAUCUGUCUCAAGAGGCCGCUUGAUUCUCAAGAUCGACGAAUCGGAUGUCUCACGAGCUCAGGACCUCACUAAAUCAGCUAGUGGUAUCUACUUGAUUUCUUCAUCCCUGCACACCUCCAAAUCUCUCUCCCUCACAGACACAGCCGUCUACAUCCAGCCAACUAGUCCGUCUCCUAGAGAUCUCGCCUCGCAAAUCUCCUCUGCCCGACCGUCUACAAUUGUCAUACCAACCUCAUGCUUGACCACGAGCCCGACAUCCAGCGUCGCUUUAUCCAUAUCCGAUGCAGUCCUCUCCACCAUUUCCUCCGAUCGCGCAGACGGACUCUUCCCCACCGUCGUCUCCUCUUUCUCUCACUCCAGUCGUCCUCUCGGCCUGGUGUACUCUUCUCGGGAGUCCAUCGCUGAAACGAUCAAAACUGGCAGAGGAGUGUACCAAUCUCGAAAGCAUGGCUUGUGGCGCAAAGGGGAGACGAGCGGAGCGACCCAACAAGUGGUGUCCAUCAAAAUCGAUUGCGAUGCCGAUGCUCUUCUGUUCGAGGUGAUUCAGAACGGCUCGGGCUUCUGUCAUCUCCCUCAAUCGUCUUGCUUUGGAGAUCUGGCCGGUGUGGCCAAAUUGGAAGAUACCCUCAGAUCUAGACUACAAGACGCCCCGGAAGGAAGCUACACCAAGCGCUUAUUCACAGAUGGCAAGUUGCUCCGGAGCAAGAUCAUGGAAGAGGCCGAUGAGUUGUGUCGAGCCGAAACCAAGGAAGAAGUAGCUUUCGAAGCUGCCGACUUGGUCUACUUUGCGCUCACUCGAUGUAUUUCCAAGGGCGUCGGAUGGGCAGAUAUCGAGGCUGCCCUGGAUAAAAAGGCACUCAAAGUGUCUCGACGGAGGGGAGAUGCCAAGCCUGAAUGGUCAGAAAAGAUCAACGGAGAGGAGGUCAAAGAGGGCUCCAAGCCCACUGAACCGGUUCCAAAAGUCUUUCCCGAGUCCACGACCGAGGAUGCCCCGAUCGUCAUGCGCACAGCCGUCCUCUCUCAGGUCAGUAAAGAAGAACGGGCAAAGCUCCUCCUGCGGCCUGUGCUUAAUUCUUUGGCCAUGAUCGACAAGGUCAAACCGAUUGUCGAGAGGGUCCGGAAAGAAGGCGAUGCGGGUCUAAAGUCGAUGACCAAGCAAUUUGACAAGGCCGAUCUGGACUCAAACGUCAUCCGACCACCAUUCGCCGUCCCCUCUGAAUCUGACCUUCCUGCUUCCGUACGACAAGCCAUCGAUGUGGCGUAUGAGAACGUCAAGACCUUCCACUCGGCUCAGGCUGAGAAAGCCCCGUUGGUGGUCACAACCAUGCCUGGAGUCGUUUGUUCUCGAUUUUCCCGACCUAUCACUCGAGUCGGCCUCUACGUUCCAGGAGGUACUGCCAUUCUACCUUCGACAGCCAUCAUGCUUGGUGUCCCUGCACAAGUGGCAGGAUGCAAGGAGAUUGUGCUUGCCACACCUCCUCGCCCCGAUGGCUCUAUCUCCCCCGAAGUACUCUACGUCGCUGGCUUGACCGGUGUCACUUGCAUUCUCAAAGCUGGAGGAGCUCAAGCUGUCGCAGCGAUGGCUUAUGGAACUGCGGAAGUGCCAAAGGUCGACAAGCUGUUUGGUCCCGGGAAUCAAUGGGUCACUGCGGCGAAAAUGCUCGUUCAAAACGACACGGACGCUUUGGUAGCCAUCGACAUGCCGGCUGGACCCUCAGAGGUUUUGGUCAUUGCGGAUCGCACUGCCAACCCUGUCUACGUCGCUUCGGAUCUCUUGUCCCAGGCGGAACAUGGGACCGAUUCUCAAGUGGUCUUGGUCGCUGUCUCUCUCACCAGCGAACACUUGGCCAAGAUCGAAAAGGAGAUUGACGUGCAAGCUAGGGCCUUACCACGAGUGGCUAUUGCCCGAGAAGCGAUCAAAAAGUCGAUCAUUGUCCAAGUGGAUUCGCUGGCACAAGGCGUCGAGUUCAGUAACGAAUACGCUCCUGAACACUUGAUUCUUCACCUCGAAGAUGCCCCAUCGGUUGUCAAAGACAUUGACAACGCCGGAAGCGUAUUCGUCGGAGCCUUUUCUCCCGAAUCAUGCGGUGAUUAUGCGUCAGGAACAAAUCAUACGCUGCCCACCAACGGAUUUGCUCGUCAAUUUUCCGGUGUCAAUACGCUUUCAUUCCAGAAGCACAUCACCUCUCAAGAGCUGACGCGUGAAGGGCUUCAAAAGUUGGGUCCGACGGUCGUCGCAUUGGCCGAGAGGGAAGGGUUGGAAGCUCAUGCCAAUGCUGUCAGAGUCAGGUUGUCGGAAUUGAACUCAGGAACAAGUUAAACUAGACCAAUAAAAGAGGCGAUGCCUAUGUAUAGACGCCAAGAUGAUGUAUAUAGACCUUUUUUGAGGCGGGGCAGCCGCAGA